UUUGCUUCUAUAUUUAAACAUAGUCUCACCGCAAGCCUUUUACAACCUCAGGGAGACAGAAACCUUCUGUAGUGAGGCAGCUGGAACUCCAUGGAUCUUAUACAACUUCUCGGAACAACCAGACAACAAAGUUUAACACCGGCAGUAAGCAAGCGACCAGUAGUCCUGGGGUUCCGUCAUCACAACGGGAAUCGUUUGACAACCGACACAUCCGCCAGAUGCUCCACCAGCUCGCGCAGUCUUCCGGUAAGGGGGAUCUGCCAAAACCUCAGACUCCUGCGAGGGAGGCUGUUGUUGUUGACAUCGACAGUGCCAAAGACGGCGAAGGGCCGAAGCAGUUUCUACAGGACCCACACUCGAUGCAAACCGACGGUAACCCAACGGUAACCCAUAAGGAUCUCAGUAAACCUGCUGUCCAGCCCGGUCCUUCGGUAAAGGAGCAAGCAAACCCUUCAGCUAGUGACGAAGAAAGAGCGGAGUCCUCGGAAACCCUGCUCCAAGCGUUCUUUGGGAUGUCCUCCAUUGAUAAAAUGAUUAUCAGGUUACAAGAAAUCGAGGAAGAGCAAAUGAAAAUCCGUCACACCUGGUCGAAGCAUGUUUACCCAGCCACGUCAUUACAAAAGCCCCCAGCAUCAGCAAAUGGGGUUCAAGUUGGAACUGAGGCUCAAAGUAGGAAACAAUCCCCAGGAUGUCAGCAAAGUCUCACAUCUCCGAAAGCCAUCAUCUUCACCAAAGAAGAGACGAAGUCGACAGACCAGUCUAACCCAGCGUCUUCACACCUCUGUUCUGCGGCCAACAUGAUGCCAGCAGCGAUGCCGACAUCAUCACAGAGCCGUCUCUUUCUGCAGAAACACACCUUGGAUGCCGUGAAGAAGAACCGUGCUGCCUACCUGUUGUACCUGAAGAAUUCAGCGUAUUACCAGGCGGAAAACUUUGAUCCCUGGGAACUCACCGAGAAAAUCGCCGACGCCGUUACCUCGGACUGCGUCACGGACGUCCUCGGAGAAUUCCAGCAACUCAGCGACGACGUCAUCCAACAGAUAUACGAAGACGAAUUCGCUUGUGGAGCACGCUCCGAACUCUGAACUCUAAAACCUGUGUGAUCCUCUUCGCAGUCCCAGUGGCCUGUGCAUGUUUUUGUUUGGCUCUUUGAACUCAUUGUUGUUGUUAUUGUUGUUGUUGUUGUUGUUGUUGUUGUUGUUGUUAUAUUCGAGGUCAGCUCUGACCCCCCCCCCACAAAGGCCUAUGAUCAAAAUUGUUCCUCCCGUGACCACCCUGUCUUGUUUUCAUGCAUAGUGCAUCUAGGACUACAUUAUCCUAUGCGCCCUUUCUUGUUUCACCCCAGGCCAGGCCUGACCCAGUAAAUCUAUGAUCAAAGAUGUUCCAGAUGUGACCAUCCUGUCUUUUAUUCAGGCAUAGUGCAUCUAGGACUACAUUAUCCUAUGCGCCCUUUCUUGUUUCACCCCAGGCCAGGCCUGACCCAGUAAAUCUAUGAUCAAAGAUGUUCCAGAUGUGACCAUCCUGUCUUUUAUUCAGGCAUAGUGUAUCUAGGACUACAUUAUCUAAUGUGCCUGUACUUGUUGUUGUUGUUUAA